AUGUCUGCGGAUCAAUUUAAUGAAUUACUUAGAACAGUCGCAGCCAGUCCAGGCACCAACAAUUCCAGCGGUAGUUUUAGUAAAUGCACCGCACGUUUUAGCGGUAAACGAUGUCAUAAUACAGUUGAAACAUUCAUAACAACGGUGUCAAUUUAUAAAGAAAUUGAAAAGAUUUCAGAAGCAGACGCACUGAAAGGGUUACCUUUACUGCUUACUGACAAUGCAGCUGUAUGGGAACAAGGCGUCCAGAACGAAGCCAAAACCUGGAACGACGCUACCCAAUUACUUAGAACAGCAUUCUCACCAUCUAAACCUGCACACCAAGUUUAUGUUGAUAUAUUUAACAACAAGCAACAAUCCAACGAAACCAUUGAUGAAUUCGUUACGCAGAAGAGGGCGUUACUCGCUCAACUGCCCCUCAACAGACACGACGAACAGACCCAAUUGGACUUAAUAUAUCGAUUGCUGAGUCUCCACAUACGGAAAAAAGUACCCCGAAAUAAAAUAACCACGUUCAGUGAGCUUUUAGAUAAAGGCCGACAAUGUGAGGAGAUUCGCAAAGAAGCUAUCCCAGAUAAAGGAAUAGACGAGAAACAAGGCACUUCAACAAAACGCAAGCCGGCACGAUGUGGAUUUUGCCACUUCAAAGGCCACACAACUGAUGUGUGUAGAAAGCGGCAGACUAAAGAAAAUGAAAAGCAUCCCGAUACCGACAAAGCACCUGAUACGCAGAAUUCAAUGAAAGAAUUGCCCCAAACCAAAUAA